AUGAGUACACAAACAGUAUUUAGAAUAAAUAAGGGAACAUCAUAUAAGGAAAUCAGUGCUAAUAAGGAAGAAAUUCCAGUUCCUGCUGCGAGCGAAGUUUUAAUCAAGGUAAAAGCUGUAUCAUUGAAUUUCAGAGAUAUUGCCGUCUCGACUGGAGCAUAUCCUUUCCCAGUGAAACGUGAUGUUGUUCCUUGUUCCGAUGCAUCGGGUGAGGUUGUGUCUUUCGGACAUAAUGUAAGGGGGUUUGAAGUGGGUGAUAAGGUAGUCCCUAACUUUGAUAUCACUAAUCUUUACGGCCCUCAGCAGCAUUGGGAAGGGGGAUUAGGUGGACCCAUUGAUGGUGUCUUGAGAGAAUAUGUCACUUUACCAUAUGAAGCUGUGGUCAAGGCACCGUCCUCUCUGAAACUUUCCUGGGAGCAGUUGGCAAGUUUAGUUUGUACUGGAACCACUGCUUGGAAUGUAUUGUAUGGUAAUAACAAAUUAAAGCCAGGUCAAAUAGUUUUAUUACAAGGAACUGGAGGUGUCUCUAUGACAGGAUUAUUAUUAGCAAAGGCAGCUGGCGCAACAACUAUUCUUACUUCAUCUUCUGAUGAAAAGCUCGAGAAAAUUAAAGCAGAAUAUGGUGUGGAUUAUACAGUUAAUUAUAAGAAGUUUCCUAAAUGGGGUGAAGCUGUUAACCAAAUGAUUGGUAAAAACAGAGUUGAUUAUAUUUUCGAAAACGGCGGUUCUGGAAACAUAGAACAAUCUGUUGAAUGUAUAGCAUAUGGAGGGCAGAUUGGAGUUGUCGGGUUUCUUAAUGUGGCAAAACAAUCAGAAAUGCCGGACGCUGUUGCUUUGGCUUUAUCUAAAGGUUGCGUUAUGAGAGGUAUCACUGUGGGUUCCAAGCAGCUUUUAGAAGAGUUGAUGAGAUUUGUUAGCUCUAAGGGGUUAUUUAUUCCGGUGGAUAAGAGUUUCAAAUUUUCUAAAUCUGAAAUUAUUGAUGCUUAUAAGCACCUUGAAAGCGGAACGCAAAUCGGAAAAGUAUGUGUAUCUCUAUACUAA